UGUCCGUGGGAGGCUGGGCCCGGCUCCUCCCGGCGGGCGGGCCGAGGCGGUGCCGGCCCCGGUGUGGACUUCCCAAGUCACCCAUUCGUGGGAGCGGCUGACGGACGGGAUUAUUUUAGGAAGAAAACAGACUGGGAAAAAAAAUGAAGUUCCAUGUCUUCGUAUUUGUUGGUGUUGUUCACCUUUUAUCCCUGAACUCUGGGAAAGCUGUAUAUGGGAAUGGCAUCUCUCAGAGGACUUUUCAAGAAAUAAAAGAAGAAAUAGCCUGCUAUGGAGAUGUUGCUAAAGCAAUCAUCAACCUUGCUGUUUACGGUAAAGCCCAGAACAGAUCCUAUGAGCGACUGGCACUUCUGGUUGAUACUGUUGGACCCAGACUCAGUGGUUCCAAGAGCCUAGAAAAAGCUAUACAAAUCAUGCACCAAAACCUGCAGGAAGAUGGGCUGGAGAAUGUCCACCUGGAGCCUGUCAAAAUACCCCACUGGGAAAGGGGAGAAGAAUCUGCUGUGAUGCUGGAGCCGAGAAUUCACAAGAUGGCAGUUUUGGGUCUUGGCGGCAGCACUGGGACGCCCCCAGAAGGCAUUACAGCAGAAGUUCUGGUGGUGACCUCUUUCGAUGAACUGCAGAGAAGGGCCCCAGAGGCAAGAGGGAAGAUUGUCGUUUACAAUCAACCUUACACCAGCUACUCGAGGGCAGUGCAAUACCGCGUCCAGGGGGCGGUGGAAGCUGCCAAAGUGGGGGCUUUGGCAUCCCUCAUUCGAUCGGUGGCUUCCUUCUCCAUCUACAGCCCUCACACAGGUAUUCAGGAAUACCAGGAUGGUGUGCCAAAGAUCCCAACAGCUUGUAUUACGGUGGAAGAUGCAGAGAUGAUGUCAAGAAUGGCUUCUCGUGGGAGCAGAAUUGUCAUUCAGCUGAAGAUGGGGGCAAAGAACUACCCGGAUGCUGAUUCCUUCAACACUGUAGCAGAGAUCAUUGGUAGCAAGUAUCCGGAGCAGAUAAGAAACCAAGGCACGAGAAAGUUAAGGAACGUGUACAACUGGAGAAUAGCAGUCUGGCCCUCUUGGUUUGUGAGUUCUUUAUAUAAUCUGGAUAUGGGACCUCUGUUGAAAAUAUGUAUGGUUGUACUGGUCAGUGGACACCUGGACAGCUGGGAUGUCGGGCAGGGUGCGAUGGAUGAUGGUGGAGGAGCCUUUAUAUCAUGGGAAGCACUGUCGCUUAUUAAAGAUCUUGGGCUGCGUCCAAAGAGGACUCUGCGUUUGGUGCUCUGGACUGCAGAGGAGCAAGGUGGAAUCGGUGCCUUGCAGUAUUACCAAUUACACAAGGCAAAUAUUUCCAACUACAGCCUCGUGAUGGAGUCUGACCUGGGGACCUUCUUACCCUCUGGGCUGCAGUUCACUGGCAGUGACAAGGCCAGGGCCAUCGUGGAGGAGGUCAUGUGCCUGCUGCAGCCCAUCAAUGUCACACAGGUCUUUAGAGCUGGAGAAGGGACAGACAUUAACUUCUGGAUCCAAGCUGGAGUACCUGGAGCCAGUCUACUUGAUGACCUAUAUAAAUAUUUCUCCUUCCAUCACUCCCAUGGAGACACCAUGACUGUCAUGGAUCCAAAGCAGAUGAAUAUUGCUGCUGCUGUUUGGGCUGUUGUCUCUUACGUCAUUGCAGACAUGGAAGAAAUGCUGCCCAGGUCUUAGCAAGAACAAGAGAGAAGGCACUUUUGUCCUUUCUGGCCAGGAAUCCUGCGUCUGCAGCUUCAAGAAGCCCAGCUUCACCUAACAAUUUUAUGUGAUCAUUUACAAAGCACAACACUUUUUUAUACUUUCUGAUAUCAUCUUUCUUGAUACUUUCCAAAUUCUCUGUUCCUAGUGUAAGGAAUGAGUCCCACCCCCACAAAGAAUCAGCCAAUGGUAGGGAUCACAGUGGGGGAAUUUCUUUACACCACAUAUUAAAAAUACUGUUUCUACUUUGAAAGUAAAUACUGGAUAAAGCUUUGGAAGACCUCUGGCUUUUAUGCAUGUAUUUACGAACAUUAAAUACAGUGACACCAAUAUUUUGUUAAGUUAUUCAUUGAAGGAGUAGAGGAGUACACAAUUGUAGUACAGUCUUAAUUGAAUGUAUGGAGGCAUUUGGCUUUCUAAUUUGUACAUUUUUAUAUUAUUAGAAUUUUUUAAUGAGGUUAAAUUUUUUUAAUUCACAGAAAAAGUCACCAUUUGGGGAAAAAAUCAAGUAUGUAAAAGCCAGUUGCCUUAUUAAAGAUCUAUCACCAAACAAA